AUGUCCGACCCAAACGCGGAGGGCAACGCACCCAGCCCCAUCGGACCGCUUCAGCGGCGACUGGAUGACGUGCGCACAUUCCAGCUUCCGCGGCUACGGACAUGCGCGUCGGCCGCGAUGGCGCGCGACCUCGCGGCUGAGGCGCGCUCCGACCUUGAAGCGGUACGCACUGCGCUGGAAGAGGCACGCGAGGACGCCGAGAACUUGCCUGUGCGCGAACGUGAUGCGGCUGUUGCAGGCCUCGCGGGGAUCGAGGGCGAAUAUGCUGCCACACAUGCCGAGUAUCGCGCGGCCAUCGUGGCGGCCAAGAAGGCGAGUGCGGCCGCUGUGCGCAAACACGAACUCCUCGAACCUCUCGACGAAGCACCGCGCGCCGAGGCCAGUACUGCUGUUGGCGGCGACGACGCGCUGCAAACCAAGACGAACGAGGUGACAGAUGCGCUGCGACGUACGACACAGCUCCUGCAAACCGAGCUAGAGCGUAGCGUGCUCAGCACACAGAUGCUCAAGGAAUCGACCACCACGAUGCGCAGCACGCAGGGCCUAUAUGACAACUACACUGCGCUGCUUACUACGUCGGGACAGCUCGUGCGCGCAAUCGAGCGCGCUGACUGGUGGGACCGGGCGCUGAUCAUGGCCGCUUUCGCGUGCUUUCUCCUCGCUGUGUUGUGGGUUGUCAAACAGCGCGUGCUGGACCGCGUGGGUGGGGCGGCUGUGUGGUGGGUCGGAGGAAGCUUUAGGUUGCUCCGCAUGAUGGGCGGGGGAGGCAAGGCCAAGGACAUUGCGGCAGUGGGAGGAGCUGCCUUGGCAGCAGGCGCAGCGUCGAGUGCGACAGCGGCAGCAGCAGCAGCAGCGGCGGCGAAAGCCGAGACCAAGGCAAAGGGCAAGAUCGACGUUAUCCCGAUCGAGGACGUGCCAGUCGCUGGUGCCGACUCUGCCGUCAAGAGGCGGAACGGCAAGGACGGCAAUGUGCCACCAGCAGAUGUUGCUGGCCACCAACCAAUCGACCAGGCCGUACGCAAACCCGCACUAGAGCCCGUAGACAUCGAAGUACUCGAGGAGCCACCACGCAUGCGCCGCAAGGAGGAGCUGUAG